CACCUGUGCUGUCCCAUCCCCACAGGUCUGUCAAAGAUGCACUGGUCACCAGAGCAUGCCCAGUCCCUGAACCAGUGGCCGGAGCAGCACCUGGAUGUCUCCUCCACGACCUCCUCACCGGCCCACAAGACCGAGCUGUACCCCAGCACCCGCCAGCGCUUCAACUACGCCUGGGCCAACGACGACAUCUCGGCGCUGACAGCCUCCAACCUCCUCAAGAGGUACGCCGAGAAGUACUCGGGGGUGCUGGAUGCGCCCUACGAGCGCCCGGCACUCGGCGCCUACGGGGAUGGCGCCUUUGGCCCCAUUAAUGGGCAGAAGGGGGAUGGGGAGCCCUGGCCAGGGGCACAUGGCUCUGAUGGCACCUACCCCCUGACCCCCAUCCACGAUGGCCUGGCCAGUGCCAAGGGUGUGGUGCCACCCGCCGUCCCUGCCACCGGUGGGGCCAUUGGGCUGGGGAGCUCCCCAGUGGUGUCGGCUAACCUCAGUGACUCCGUGUACCCCGGGAACUCCUGCGGGGCGGCUGCUGCCGGCUCUGGGGCACUUGGGGCAUCUCAGGAGUACCCCUCAGGCUAUGGUGGCACCUACUUGCCUUCUGGCUACUGUGCCCAGCCAGCAGCAGCGCUGCCCCCGCCACACCCUCCUGGCCUCCACAGCUCAGGGCUCCUGCAGUCUCCACACCCCUCACCCGCCCUGGUGCCAGGCUACGGCUCCUCGGGCCCCAUGUACAACUAUGCCAGCAGCAGCUACCCGCCCCAGCCGGGCUAUGGGGGCAUCCACCCACCCCACCCCUCUGCCUCCUACCUGCCCUCUGGCAUUGCUGCACCCACCCCCAUCCCGGCCCCACCGCCCUCCGCCCGCCCACCAGGGGUCCCUGCCUAUGGCUACCAGGGCACUGGGCUGGGUGCCCUGGCCGUGCCACCCCUGGGCACUGAGGCAGCAGGCACGCUGAAGAGGAAGGCAUUCGAUAUCAGCGGAGAGGAUGAUGGUGAGGGCAGGUACAGGAAAUACAGCUAUGAGCAGCCAAAGUCCCCCUACCCCGUGUCAGACAAUGGCGAGUGCCGGGGCAAUGGGUUCAGCAGCAGUGGCGAGUCCCCCCAGGUGGCCUUCAAGCCCGGGAAGCGGCCAACGGGAGCUGGAAGCGCUGAAGAACACAGUGGCAAGUACGGCAGGCAGCAGAUGAAGGGGAUGGUGUCACCAUCCUAUGGUGCCAGGGACGCUCCCCUGCGGCCAGCAGAGCCCUUUGAGAAAUUCAGCCCACCCCUUGCCAACGGGGAGCGGGCGGCCGAGCCGGGACCACCGUUCCCACUGCGGCUGCCCUCCAAAGCUCUGGUGUUCAGUGGCGCCCCGCUGGAGGAGCAGCCCAAGAACAUUGACCCACUGCUCCUGGAGCUGGUCAACACCAAGGUGGUGGAGCGGGGCCCUCCGGUGCAGUGGUCGGACAUUGCCGGGCAGGUGUCGGUGAAGGCGGCCAUCGAGGAGGAGCUGCUGUGGCCCAUCCUGCGGCCCAGCUCCUACAGUGGCGCGAACCACCCGCUGCGGACCCUUCUGCUCUUUGGACCCCGCGGCACAGGAAAGACGCUGCUGAGCCGCUGCAUCUCCACCCAGCUGGGCUCCACCCUGCUGAGGGUCAGCGGCACCACGCUGCUGUCCACCUGGAAGGCCGAAGCCGAGAAAAUCCUCCAGACCGUGUUCUUCGUGGCCAACUGCCGGCAGCCCUCCGUGGUGCUCAUCACCGAGGCUGAGUCCUUGCUGGCGGCGCGGGUGGGUGAGGACGGUGGCCAGGCGAGCAGCCUCAAAUCCCAGCUCCUCUCCUACCUGGACAACGUGGCUACCUCAAGUGAGCACAACGUGGUGGUCAUCGGCACCACGGCGCGGCCCGGCAGCAUGGACGAGGCGUCGCACCGGCGCUUCGGCACACGGCUGUACAUCGCACCACCGGACGGCGAGGCACGGCGCCACAUCCUGCGCCAGGCCCUGGCCCAGCAGAGCUGCUGCCUGAGUGAGCACGAGCUGGCAGCCCUGGCUCAACGCACCGAGAGCUUUUCCGGCGCCGAGCUGCUGCGGCUCUGCCAGCAUGCCGAGGCCACCGCACGCCGCGCGCUGCCGGGACCUCCCACCUCCUACCAGGACCUGGAGAAGGCGUUCUGCAAGGUGCACCCUGCUAUGUCCCAGAAGGAGCUGGACUUGUUCCUGGAGUGGGAUAAGAUGUAUGGCACCAGGCACUGAUGGGGGUCGGACCCCAAGGCUGUAGGGUUGGACCCCAAGACCACAGGGACAGACUCUGAGGCUGUGGGGACAGACCCCAAGGCCACAGAGGUGGACACCAAGGCUGUGGGGACAGACCCUGAGGCAGUGAGGACAGAUCCCAAGGCCAUGGGGACAGAUUUGGGAUGUGGAUUGGGGUCCUUGGGGGCUUUGGUUCUCUCAGUGGGGUUGGAUCCUUCCUCACAGCACCACAUACCUCACCUCUCCUCUUUGGGACCCAUCCAGGGAUUUCCCCUGCUGUGGUUUUUGGGGAGCCUCGCCCACCACUCAGGAUAAGCUAUUUAUUGUUUUCCCGACCCUCCAUGCCUGGAGCAGCGGUGCCAGCGGGGCUGGAGGAGCCCCGGGAGGUUCGCGGCAUCGGGAUCCGUUCCAGCGCCGUAUUCAGGAGCUCCCCCAUCCACCCCAAAGCUUUAUUGUUGUUUUUUUGUUAAUUAUUAAUCCAAAUAGAAAUACCUUGGGUGUCUUUGGAACCCCUUCUCACCUUGAUCAGGGAAAGGGGGAGCUGGGGGGAGAUGCCCAAAACCAGGGAAUUUCACCCCAAAACAAGGAGAUUGCGCCCCAAACUAGGGGGUUAGACCCCAAACCAAUGAGUUACACCCCAAAACCAGAGAGUUUUGGAGUAAAAUGCUGUAGAUUGUUGAAUAUCCUAGACUCGGGUUUUUAUUUUUGUAAGGUCCGUAGUAUUGUUUGUUUGUUUGUUUGUUUUCUUUUUUAACUACUCAGGAAAAUAAUUACCUCAGAAAAACUAAAGAAUGUUCUUUUAAAAAUACUUUUUAUCUUCUCAGAAAAGGAAAAGGAGAUUUUUUUAAGAGUUUUCCAACCUGGGACAAAGCUGCCUCCUGCAUUUGCUUCCAAAGGGGGUGAAAAAAGGAAGAAAUAAAAGGAAAAAUAAACUUGAAGCUGUUACAAAGAUGAGAUUUGAAUGUAUUUCAGGUGCUUUCCACAUAUAUUAUGCCAUAAUUUUAUUUGAAAUUUUGUUUAUUGACAUCAUUUAUUGUAGCGUUUGGUGGAGUAACGUGUCUUCAAUGGAAAGUUUAGUGCUGUAGGUUGGGAGCUGUCGCUGGCACCACUUUUUGGAGCAAGUUGGGCAAAUCCCCCCCUUCCCCUCCCAGAAAAAAAAGCCCAGCAGGGCUGAGCAAGGGGCUUUGCAUGAAGCAUGAACCCCCGUCUCAUCCAUUGGCUCCUCUUUGCAUCAUGGUAGGGGUUUUCCCCAUUUAAAAAAAAGUUAAUUUUUAUUAUUUUUAGUGCUCUAAAGCCCUCCCCCACUUAGAGCAGCACCCCCAAAACUCAGGGUCUGCGCGUGCAGAGAGAACAAAUCCCUCACAGGGGUUCCCCCUAGAGGUGUCUGCCGGGUUUUUUCCCCAUUUUUCCUAAUUUUUCCAGUUUCUUAUUGCAUCCAGGGCAUUACCCUUUGUCUACCACCUCCAAAAUGUUGUGCUGGGUUCCUGAAGACUUAUUAUUAUUAUUAUUAUUAUUAUCUUAUUUGUACACUCUCUGUAACCAUUUCUACCUCAUUUU